AUGAGAAACGACCCAGUUGUGAUAUGGUUGAAUGGAGGACCUGGAGCCAGCAGUUCAAUUGGUGUGUUUUAUGAAAACGGUCCUUACAAGAAAAUCGACAAGUCUCUUUACUGGAAUGACUUUGGUUGGGACCAGAUGUCGAACAUAAUCUUUGUCGACCAACCCACAGGCACCGGUUUCAACUAUACACCCUGCAAUUCAAUACAAGUCAUUCACAGAUUAUGCUUCAGACGAGAGAUUUGUCGAUUAUCUUGUAAGGACCGUUUUCUCGGAUUCACAAUGGAAACUGAAGUCAGAUAUGUCGCCAGAUUGAUACCAAAAUGCGAGCAAGACAUAGCUAGAUGCAAUGCAAGGAUAGGAGAAGAAGGAGGGAGCUGUAUGGAAGCAUAUUCUUCUUGUACUUCCAUAUUGAACCUUUUAUUGGAAUAUUAUGGUUCUAAUAGAAAUUAUUACGAUGCUCGGAAUGAACGUGUAGGUGAAAUGUGUUAUGAUUUCUUGUAUCCUUGA